AUAAAUAUCACAAUGACACGUCCAACAGCGCAUUUAAUUGAUGGAAAACCGAGAACAGGUGAUGUUAAAAUCAGUGAAGAUGUAACAUUCUCUCAAAUGGGUCUCUCACAGUGUGUGCUAGAUGGGUUAAUGAAUUGUGGAUUUCAAAGACCCUCUCCUAUUCAGCUGAAAGCUAUUCCUGUUGGUCGAUGUGGAGUUGAUUCUAUCAUCAAAGCCAAAUCAGGAACAGGAAAAACUGUAGUUUUUGGUGUGAUCGCCUUGGAAAUGAUUAAUGUGAAACUGCCAUCGGUUCAAGUGAUAAUUUUGGCACCCACACGAGAGAUAGCAUUACAAAUUGCAGAGGUACUCACUGCAGUUGGUUCUAAACUUAAAGGAAUGAAAGUGCAGUGUUUCAUCGGAGGCACAACGUUGCAAAGCGAUAGAAACAAAGUUGAUAAUUGCCACAUUGCUGUUGGCGCCCCAGGGAGAGUAAAACAUCUCAUAGACAAAGGACUUCUCAAAGUGGAUAGCGUGCGGCUCCUGGUGCUUGACGAGGCUGAUAAAUUAAUGGAUAUAAGUUUUCAAUCGGAUGUCAAUUUUAUCUUUGCCAAAUUACCGAAAAACAAGCAAAUUAUAUCAUCGAGUGCGACAUAUCCCGACGACUUGGAAUUAUUCUUAUCAUCGUACAUGAUAUCACCAACUCUGUUAACACCGGAUGCUAAGGACUCUAUUUUGAUGGGGCUCAGACAAUUAAUAGUCGUUGUUCCAUUCCACCCGAAUAUUAUGAAACAGAUUCAAAUAAAAACUGAGGAGUUGAAAAAAAUUCUUACAAAAGUACCAUUCAAACAGUGUUUAGUAUUCUGCAACUACCAAAUAAGAGCUCAAUCAUUAUGCAAUCGAGUAAAUAGCCAAGGACACUCAUCAACAUAUAUCGUUGGAAGUCAAGAAAUGAAAAAACGUAUCGAGACAAUCAACAAGUUAAAGAAUUCUCAAUGUAGAAUUCUAUUCAGUACUGACUUGACAGCUCGAGGAAUUGACGCUGAGAAUGUAAAUCUUGUUGUGAACUUUGACAUCCCGAACGAUGGAGCUACGUAUCUCCAUAGAAUCGGCCGAGCUGGCCGUUUUGGAUCCCAUGGGAUUGCCAUUACCAUCGUAUCCGAAAACGAAUUGGAAAAAUUUAGAGAUCUCAUGCACAUCAUUGGAGGUGCCAGCUUCUCACUUCUAAAAAUGCCCGCUGAAUAUCCAGAGAAUAUAUGGACAUCCGAUGAUUCAGCAUUCGAAAAAGUUUACCCAAAUUCACGAGUGGAAAGUGGGAGCUCUGCUGCUGAUGUCAACUAUCCAGGCAUUGCAGAAGUACCUUCCAACGAGUACUCCUCUGCCAUCGAAGAAUUCGUUGGACAAAAGUCAAUUAUUAAUUCAAACGAUCAAGAUAAAGUGAAAGAAAAUUUGGGUUCCCCGAAACCCCAAAAACUGUCGGAUUUUGUGAAGCAAAUAUUGAAAAACGGCAACAAUAAGACUGAAGUGAGAGCCCACCAGCCAUUGAAAAUUAAUGCGUCAUCCAAUCUCAAGGUUCUUGAGUUGAAAUCUCUACCAGAAGAUCCAUCAAAAUACCGACUGAUGAAUGAUAAAAUUGAAUUUUCAGUAGAACUGCUGCCAGACGUAGUUGAGUCUGACAUUAAUGUGAUGGAAUUCCUGGAUUAUGAUAUUACUUUGAAGAGAAUUCCUGAUGCCAGUCAAAUGCAUAAUGAACUUUCCCCAAGAGCUGCACCUUUCGAGAGCAUCGACAUUCCAGACGAUUUUGAUGGUACAGAGAAGGUUUAUUUUUUAAAAAUUUAUCACGGUCUAAAGGACUGGUUGAAGCAUGAAAAAUCUGAGGGCCAAAUGUCACGAGACACAAAAGAUGUGGCCUUGGAAGCUGCUCACCUCUGGAACAGAGUAUUGGAGUAUGAAAUUGAGAAUUUGAGUGGAUGUUCGGACAGAAUGAAAGAAUGUAGUGGAGAUCAAGAGAGAGACGCUGAUGAUAGAGAUUAUAGAUUAGCUUUGAGAGAUUUCUUUGAAGUGCAAAAGAGAGCAUUUCUCUGUGUCUAUCCAGAGCUUCGUAAUGACGCAGAAGUGAUUGAGACGUAUUCUUAUUCAACUCAGAGUCAUGUCAGCAAUCUUGUAGAGAUGUACCAGGGAAUAGAGAAUUUCAAGAGCCGCCAUCGUCCACCGGGCGCUGAAUUUCAAGCCCAUUUUCCCUAUCCCAUUGGGACUAAUGAUCCACUUUUAAAUCUGAUGAUGUCCCCCAGUGAUGUCGAAAGGUAUUCUCGUUCCAUUCUCUAUCUUCGUAAUAAUUCAAAGCCUCAAAUUCGUUUAUUAGCAGUCAUGGAGGAUUCCACACGAGGGCAACAGUCUGAUGGAAUUCAAAUCAUAGAAAAUCAAGUUAUGGAAUUGAAUAUUUUAGAAUCUGUUGAAGAGGAAAUCUCAUCAAUCAAUGGGGGAUCUUCAAGUAGCAAAGAGAUUGAUAGUUAUUAUCCUCUGGAGAAUAAUUCUGCUGAUGAUGCUCCUCAAGAGACUAGAGACAAACCAAAUACGUGUAGUGGUGUUAAAGCUGAAAUUGUUGAGUCAGUGAAGGAUAUUCCAGUCUCAUCUGCCUCAAUCUUUCCCCCACGUGUUCAACGAAGUGUUCAUUAUGGUGAACAAUCUCAACAAAAGAAUUAUUGUGAUAACAAUAUUCAUCGAGCAAAUCAGUCUUUCGUCAAUAACUUGAUUAAUAAUAAACGCCUGAACUUGCCGCGAAAUAAUUUUAAUGGUGUAAAUCAGUGGAUUGGAUGUGACAGUAUUGAUGCUUUUUUGGACAAACUGACUUUUGAUACUGAACUACUACAUCUGCAGGAAUACAUUUCGUUAGUUUUGGAUUGGGAAUAAAUUGAUUUGAAUUCAGAACAUGUAAUUUCAUUUAAUCUCUUCUGUUCUCUUUUGUAUUUAGUGACAGAAAUGUUUAAGUAAAAUACCUCAUGUGCGAAAACAAAAUUAUAUCCAACAGAUGUUUAUUACUGAUUACUUAGACAUAAAAACAUAGAAAUCAUGAGAAUAAUAUUGCUCGUUAUUUUAUUGUUUUUUUUUUUUGUUUCUUCCAAUGAGAAAAUAUAUCUGCUUUUGCAUGUACGGUUAAUUACACCAGGCAAAGAUUGUUACUAAGCUUAAUAAUAAUAAUUUACUGGAAUAAUUCGACGUUUUGAAUACAAUUGACCCAAUGUUUAUCGAUUAAAACUAAUACCCGAGUUUUUACUAAGAAAUCCGGGAUAUUUGAGUUCCUUUCAUCCUAGAUGCUGGUGAAAGUUUUGGUAAACGUAUAUUUUAUCAAU